AUGAACCAUGAUGCCGCGUCUAGCUCCUCCGCGCGGAUUCCCGACCGGCUCUCACCACCUGGCGUCGGAGCACAUGCCGAUGCCGAUGACGCAGAGGCAGAUGCGGACGCCCGAGACCGUCCCCAGUCGCGGCAGCGCUCGAGGUCCAGCAGCGGGCGGCAGCGCAGGAGGAGGAGGAGCAAGAGGAAGCAGAAUCCAGGGCUGGCCAAGAAGCUGGCCUUUCUUACCCACCUGCUCAAGACUCUCGACCUCGUUUUAUUUGCUGAGCUGAGCUCUUUAUAUUAUAUGGAAUGUUCCAUGUUUCGAUUCUUCUUACGAGCCGCACCUCAAUACAUGUAUCUCUCUCCAAAAGACGAAUCAUUCGCACUUUUGAUGCCAGCUACACAACUUCACGUCCUUUUGAUACUGUUGCCCAACCUGCUGUGCAUGGCAUUGCAUCUUUUUGGCUCGCUUCCCACCGGCCCCGAUUACCACCGAGGAUAUCAGCAUGGGGGGAUGGUGAUCGAUUUCAUCGGCCAGAUGCCCGCCGCCUAUAGGCUAUAUUAUCUCAUGGCAGACCUGCUUAUCCUCUUCCUUCAAUGUCUGAUGCUUACGGUACACAAUCAUCGGGAGAGCCUGCGGGUUGCGCUUAAGACAUUUCGGCCGCUUCUCUCUGAGGUUCUUCUGGAGCCAAUCGCUGGUCGUACUGCAGAAGAUUUGGACGCAGAGGAACGCGGCGUGUCUCGACAUGUGCCGGGCAUGAUGAUUAAUGAGACGGACGAAAUCGAGCUGCAGCAGCUCGAUAGACAGGGAGAUGGCGAGGGAUCAGAGGAGCGGAAUGAGCAGCCUGGAGCUGCUGGUGGAGAUGGCUCUGACGAGCCACCACGAACGCACUUGUCCGACAUUAUGAGUUCCGGCAACGCUGUUCUUAACGAAUAUCACAUUAUUCACACGAUAAAGAACGCUGCAGUGAACACUGGAGGCUCCACUGCGCUGUCUCUUCAGUCGAUUGGCUAUCGAGCAACCAUGGCGAGUGUGCAGGGUCGACGCCGAGGAGCAACUCUA